AUGGCUUUUCCUGAAAAGCUACCAGACGAUCUGGAACACCAGACCAGCAUCACAACAUGUAAUUCAGACGACAUUUCGACGGUCGCAGAUACACAUUUAGGGUCCGACCUAAAACCCAAUCCAGAAAAGACACCAUCAUCACCAGACCGAGAUGCAGAGGCGGGCAACAAGUCAGAUGAGCCACGACCAGUACCAGUUCCUAGACUUAAACGUCGCGGCCUCUUUGGUCAGCUCACAUUGGUUCCUGAAGUUGAGAAUCCGAGGGCAUAUUCACGGUCGACGAAAUGGGUUUUGACGUGUACUGUUUCAUUGGCAACGCUUAUUGCGCCUAUGGGGACCUCCAUUUUUUACCUAAUUGAAAAGUUGAAAGCUGCACUACGUGAGGUUGAAAGCGAUUUACACACCAAUGCAACCGUCACCAAUCUAUCUCUAGCAUUUUACUUGUUAGCAAUGGCCAUCUUCCCACUCUGGUGGUCAAACUGGGCGGAAGCAUUCGGACGACGCACAAUCUAUCUAAUAUCCUUCGCACUCGGAGUAGUAUUCGCCGUGUUGGCUGCCAUCUCAAACUCGAUCGGCAUGCUCAUCGCCGUCAGAUUGCUAAGUGGUGGCUCAUCAGCUUCUGUUCAGGCGGUCGGGGUCGCGUCGAUAUCUGAUCUGUGGGAGCCGCGAGAGCGUGGACGCGCAAUGGGUAUAUUCUUUCUGGGUCCGCAGUUGGGUCCGUUUCUGGCGCCUAUAAUCGGCGGUGCUUUGGCGGAUAGAUGGGGAUGGAGAAGCACGAUGUGGUUCGUCGUGAUUCUGGCCGCGGCUAUGCUGCUUAUGUUGUUCAUUAUUCUGCCAGAGACAUCUACGCGAAGAGAGACCACAUGGCGCACUCGAGUCAAUGAGAAGAUCGGUGAACGGAAUGCACCCAUGAGAACGAUCUUACUACUGAGAAUCCUCUUGAUAGACCCCUUCAGCGCGCUCCUGGUACUACGAUACCCAGCAAUGUUCCUGCCAAUGUUCUACAUCGGAGUUGUCACCAUAUAUUUCUACAUUGUCAACAUUAGCAUUCAAAACACGUUUGCCAGCCCACCAUACAAUUUCAGCACGUUGAUUGUGGGACUGUUGUACAUUCCGUCUUCGUUAGGAUAUAUUGCCGGUAGUAUCAUUGGCGGUCGAUGGAUGGACUAUGUGAUGCAGCGGGAGGCCAGAAAGGCGAAUCGUUUUGAUGAUAAUGGAAGACCCAGAGUCUAUCCCGAAGAGCGGAUGAAGGAGAAUACUUGGGUUGGGGCGUUGCUUCCUGUUGCUGCGUUACUGUGGUACGGGUGGACGGCGGAACAUGGCGUAUAUUGGCUCUGUCCGAUUAUUGCAAACUUCUUUACCGGCUUCGGGAUGAUCAUCAUCAUCAGCGUCAGCAUCACCAUGAUCAGCGAAUUCAUGCCCGGUGACCCUCGAGGUCUAGCUGCAUCUGUUUUUAUACGCAAUGUUCUCGGGUGCGUGGGGACUGUCGUGGCAGCACCGAUGCUUAGUUCAUUGGGGAAUGGAUGGACUUUUACACUCUGGGCAUUGGUGGCCCUGGCGAGUGCGUCAGUGAUUGUUGCGAUUACAAAGUUUGGUCCUCGAUGGAGGGAGUCUAUGGUUGCUUCUGGUGAAGUGGCAGCUUUCUAG